GUGUAAAUCUGGAUUAAGUGGAGGCCCUUAACACUGCUGUUUUGCUGACUAUCGACUCCGCCGAUAAUUGGCCGACAAUGUACAUCCACAGCCUGAUAUUUCUUUGCUGCAGCGCCGGGCUAAUUUUCCAUAAUGGCAAUAUCAUCGCGGCCAGCUCGGAGAAGACGUCGGCCUUGGUACGGCAGCUAAUCGCCGCUGACGACAUCCACGUGCCGCCCAACGCCGACCAGCCCGGGCAGCCGGUGACCGUCACCGUCAGCCUUAGCGCUGCCGGCAUACAACAUGACCGUCGGCAGCCGGAUGUGGUCAUACUGCACGGAACCCUGGAGCUGCAAUGGAAGAACAGCCGUCUGACGUGGGAACCGCAGCAGCACAACAAUAUUACCCUCGUACAGCUCCCUGUCGAACAUGUCUGGCUACCCGACAUUACGCUGUAUAACAGAGCUUCUGCUAGUGCGUCCUCUAGCUGCGACGAUGCCCGCAGUCAAGUGUACCCGGCGAACCGGAGGAUGCUCUCGGUGCAUUCGGAGGGCUCGGUCACGUGGAUAGCGCCAGUGUCCUUCCCGCUCAGCUGUAAUAACACAGUCGGCGGUGGUGAAGUGCACUGCGCCAUUAAACUAGCUUCGUGGACGUACCAUGGUUUGCUGAUUGACUUGAAGGCCGGCAGUGACAAAAUUCAGGCAAUCGACUAUGUCGAUUCUUCCCCGCUCGGGUCAAACUACCGUAUAACCAACAGCACGGUAGUCCGCAACGUCGUCUUCUACGCCUGCUGCCCAGAAUUAUUCCCGUCCAUCGACAUGACCUUUACAGCCAAAAGAGCAGCAGCGUCGUAGCUACGUCUCGGUCCGGGUGUCUUCAUACUCAGCUCGCUGCUACUAGUGGCACGCUAAUACUUUAAUGCAUUCCCAGCUGAUUCGUCAUGCCCUUACGUUCUGUUAACAUUAACGCCGCUGGUACACGAAAGUACUGCUCUGUACGGAAUUAUUAUAAAAGCGGAGGAAUGUUGUCAAAGGGUUUCUUAAAAAUCUUGUCUAAUCUCGCCAAUUUCGUUGCGCUGUGGUGUGUAAGUGCUUGGUUGUCUUUACAGCACAGAAUAUAACAAAUACAACUUUACAUUUUUAAUACAAAUUUAACAAUUUUAAUCAGUGUGAACCUACGGAAGCAUACGAUAUGUGCAUUCUCUGUUGCCUAUUAGAAUAU